AUGUCUCGUCCUCAGGUCAGCAUCGACCGUCUCACGCCCCGCCGUGCGACGGUCGAACCGCGCGAAACAAUGAACUGCAAAUCCUGUCGCAAGCGAAAGAUCAAAUGUAAUCGCUUGCGACCGAGCUGCGAGGCAUGUAAGGUCUUCCAGUGCCCAUGUCUUUAUGAUGCCGUCCCCAAAAAAAGGGGCCCAAAGACCGAUGUGCUAGAAGCUCUCCUCAAGCGGGUAGAUGGGUUGGAGAAACGACUCCACGACGAAAAGAACCCUAUUUCGCCCACUUCUCCUGAUACCCCGGACGAUCCGCCGAGCUUUCCUACCCGUCGCAAUACGAUCGACACUUCCUUCAGUAUUUACUCUCCAAGCGAUAGAUCGACUCUGUCAACUUCUCUCUCGCAACAUGUGGAUCGCUUCCCUAGGCCGACCGGCCACCAAGCGAGUCUUCUGCAACAGCCCUCUCCGACAAACAAUGGACCGCUAUCGGAUGCGAUCCUUGAUAUUUACUUUGAGCGAUUGCACGGUAAGCCAUUUUAUAUACUAGACGAGCCGACAACGCGACAGCGCCAUCAACUGAACCAAUUGCCUCCGUGUUUGGCCAUGGCUAUCUCAGCAAUGGCAGUAAGAUACACAACCUCGCCUGGUCAAGUAGAACAGUCACUACGUACCGGGCUGGAUGCGGCGCUACAGGCAAGACGCAUGAUUGAAGUCGACAAUCCUACACUAGACGGACUGCAGACUCUAUUGUUACUUUCACAAGCUUUCUACGCCUAUGGUUUGGGAAAGAAAGCUUAUAUGACAUUCUCAAAUUGCGUGGCCAUGAUCGUCGCUCUGGAUUUGUACCGCGAGGCUCCCUCUAAGCCUAAUCUCGCGCCUGCCGAGCGAGAAACGAGGCGUCGGCUAUUCUGGUCGGUUUACUUGAUGGACAGAUUCAUUAACUGUGGAUCCCGACGUCCCUGUCUGAUCACCGAUCAUUCGGUUUUUCUGCGCCUCCCGUCUUGGUCACCACAUGCAGCCGGUCUGAACAUGGAGGGAGAGCUCUUCCAUGUCGGCCCGAACAUUCAAUAUUCCGCUGAUUCCCGGCGCAAAUCACCAAGUGCUGCCUCUUUACUGAUUGAUAUCACGCGUAUUCUUGGUGUUACUAAUAAGUAUUUGGCGGCUGGCGGAGUCAAAGGCGACUCCCACUUCCCAUGGCAUGCGCUUUCUAAUCUAUCUAAGAUCCGACAAGAAUUAGAUAUCUGGGCGGCCGGUACGCAGGACGUCUUUGCGUCUAUCGAUGCAUUAUUCGGUCAUCCUGAGAGUACAACACUUUUGCUGAGCAAGUUGAUUUACCAUUUGGUGCAUUGUUUGAUCUACCGCCCGUUCCUACCUAUUGACUUGGUAGAGCUCCGAGGUACGGGGCAGCAUCAGUCCUGGCAAAUUGAGGCCACGAACUUGUGCUUCUCGCACUCAAAUGCCAUAGCAGAGCUAGUUGAACUGGGUCGUAACUCCCCGUUGAUUGAGUGGCCUGCUUUCGUCGGCUACUGUGUGUGCACAGCGGGGACUGUGCAUGUUCACGGUGUGCACUACAAGGGCCGCGAAGGAGAGGUUUUCUCCUCCAGUGCUGAAUUCUUGACUCGGGAGAUGAACCAGCUUGCUUGGUUGCGCAAUAUUUGGACUGGCGUGCAGCAUCAACGUGAGCUGCUCCAGACUAUCUAUACGUGCCACUCCGAAUUGGUCCGCAAUCUUGCCAGUAGCCCAAUGCGUUUUUCGCCAGUCUUCCACCUCGAAGACUUUCUCGACCGAUAUCCUGGUCUGACGUUGGAUGGAUCACACGUGCGGCUUAUAGAUGCGGGGGAUGAUCUGGCUCCAAGUACUGUAAACUUCAUAGAUCGUCAAGAUCACUACUACCAACGACCAAUCGCCGCACCCUCGUAUCAAAAUCAUUCCUCUUACUUCUCAACUACAGGGCCUGGGCCCUCGAGUCCAUUAGCAUCAACCCAGGGCUCAGACAUCGAUCGUCGCCACUCCCACUCCCAUCCCCAUUCCCAUUCUUUGUCCCAGAAACACUCUCACCCAGCCUCACUCUCGCCCGCCCUUCAAUUCCAUGCGAUUCAGAGCAAUCAACACCAACAAUCACCAUCCCUGCCCUCCCUCUUCUCUCUCCCAACCGGAACAAACCUAUCCGGUGCCGGCACAUCAGAAAACACUCAUCUCUCCAUCCCGGGAUUUUCCCCCUCGGCCUUCGGCCUCUCCCCGCCAGCCUUUCUCACCGACGCCGCUCUGAACAUAGCACCAACACCGCCCCCAAACCCGCAAUACGCAACCUUCCCCUUCGACACCACUCAUGCAAAUCUAAACGGAAUGGCGCAAUCAGGCCCCACCGCCCUGACGCCAGGUGCCCAGUCCCAAACUAGCGCCACCCACACCACAGCCGGCAGCGAAGGCGUGUCUGAAAAAGACCCUUUUCUGAGCUUGCUGGAACAGCUCGCGGAAAAUGAGAACUCGCAGGGCGGGCCUAGUGAGCUUGAGUUCUUUUUGACGGGUACGGGUGCUGUCGAGGGUGAUACCGAUAUUCCUCUUGAGAAAGAUGGUGUUUCGUAG